AUGGCCCCGUCCGAGGAUCCUAGCAACCUCCGCGUCUUUGUCCACUGGCACGACCAGACCAUCUUCGCCGGCGAGGAAGUCAAGUGCACCAUCACCUUUAAAAAUGUCGCCUCAGAUUCGGAUCGCAGCCAGAAGCCGCCGCCGUCCUUCGACAGGCUACGCAACGGACUCGGCAGUCCGAACCCAUCUGCUGCCCUCGAUCUAUCCCGCAAAUCCUCCCGCUCAUCUCCCAGGCCGAUGCCAGAGUUCCGGUUCCCGGCCGCCUCGCCGACGUCCUCGGAAGCAGCACCACCCGCAAACCCCAGCAAAACGCCCGACCAGGGCCUCCUGAGUCCCACGGGCGCGGCAGAUCAGAACGGCGGCGGCCUCCCGACGCGCAAUUCGAGAACCCAGGGAUCUCCCAAGGCGGAGAAGCCCCAGCCCGCGGCUAGGAUACUGGCCAGCAACACCAUGACCGAGGCCACGCCCCGUAGCAGUGGUGAGUUCUACGCCGUGAGCAACCACUCGUCGGAAACGUUGGCAUCCGAGUACAUCAGCCACCCGCACUCUUCAAAGCCGUUGUCGCAUCUGCGGCGGCAGUCGAGCCUUGCCCCGCAGAAGCCACACUCCCCCGAGAUGCUCAUGAUGGGGUACGUCCAGAUCCAGGGCUCCUUCACCCUGGACGGGUCGCUUGUCGACCUGACGCCCUUUGAGCUGGUCAAGAAGAAGGCCGUCGUGGGCGGGCGCGGCGGCGGGGUCGUCGGGCUCGAACCCAGCCGGCAGCGUGAGAGUGGCCUGUUCAGAGGCCUGGGCUGGAGCAACAUCAGCAACUCGCUGGGCGACCUGCUUGGCGGUAACGAGCUCAGCACAAUCAGGGAGAUGCGCGGGGUGGCCAACUCCAAGGCCGUCCCCUUGCUCAGCACGUCGCAGUCGAUCCUCUUUGUCGACCUGCGCUUGGCUCCCGGGGAGAGCCGCUCGUUCGAGUACACGACCAGGCUGCCGAGGGGACUGCCGCCGAGUCACAAGGGUAAGGCCAUGAAGAUCUCGUACAGCCUCGUCAUCGGGACGCAAAAGGCCGGGGGCCCCAAGGAGCAGCAGGUGCGGUCUGUCGAGGCCCCCUUCCGCGUCCUAGGCGGCGUCAACAGCUCGGGCGAGAUCCUCGGCCACGACCUGAUGCAACCUUACAUCCUCCUCCGGGACGAGGCCAAGAUCAAGACUCUCGGCGGCGUCAACGGCGGUAGCGGCGGCAGCAACAGCCUGGGCGUCCCCAGACCACCGUUCACACACAAGAGCAAGGCUCUGUCCAGGGCGCCGGCGACGAUGAACGACUUCCUCACAUACGUGGACGAGCUAGUGACUGGGCCCCGGGACGAGAACAGUGGGCAGCUCCUGUCCCCCUCCGGACCUGGCAGCCUGUCGCGGCGCGGGUCCGGUUUCGGCCCGGAGGACGGUGUGGGCGGGACGACGUCGAGCAGUGACGCCAUCCACUUCGCCAUCAUGCGGAGCAACAUGACUGGCGAAGGCCAGCAGAGCCCCAACCGAUUCGAGAUCUCGCGCAACGGGCAGCGCGUGGGCGUCGUCAUGCUCACGCGCCCUUCGUACCGCCUGGGCGAGACGAUCACCAUGGCCAUUGACCUUACGGGGGCGGACAUGGCCUGCUACGCCGUGCACACCACGCUCGAGACGUGCGAGCGCGUGGACCCCUCGCUGGCCGUCCGGUCAGAGUCGAGCAUCCAGCGUGUCACGCGCAAAGUAUACGUCACGUCGUCGGACACCACACUGUACUCGCGCCGCGUGGUCUUCACGCCUACGAUCCCUAUAUCUGCCACGCCAGAGUUUGUCACGAGCGGGAUAAGUCUAGAGUGGAAGAUUCGGGUUGAGUUUGUCAUUGCGGCGCUCACACCCCAACAGCAGCAGCAGCAGCAGCAGCAGCAGCAGCGGCGGCGGCGGCGGCAGCAGCAACGGCAGCGGGGCGAGGAAGAAGAAGAAGAAGAAGAAGACGACGACGACGACGACGAUGAUUAUAUAAAUGGUGUAGAUGGUGGGCGGGGUCAGCCCGCCUCACAUCCUCUCCUGGAGCAGAUCUCCCAGGACGAGAGGGGUGGACUGGUGCUCGCUGCGGCGGAGAACCUGGCGUGCGAGAGCUUUGAUGUCAUGGUCCCGCUGAGGGUCUAUGGUGCUGUGGGAUCCGGGUUGGAGAGACUAGAGCGGGAUGAGGCGUCGGAGGAGGGGCUGGUGGUGUAA